AUGAGUGCUGAUGCUCUACGACGCCAAUCUGCCCUUCAGGAUCUAGAGGUCAUCAAAAAGGCUGGUGGGGAUGUUGCGUCAAUUCUUCGGGAGCAGGUUCAGGCUCUUUCCAAGGUGGCCACAAGGGAGAUAUUGUCGCAUUUCAGAGGAACGAAAGAGGAUCGACUGAUGCUCAGAGGCGGGCACAAGAUGGAAUUUACUUGCGUAGCACAUAGCGAUGAUACUAUUUACCUUGGGUCUGGUGACGGGACAGUUUCUGCAUGGUCUCUGCAGCCAUCUAAUAUCGAAGACAUCUCCGCGGAAGAAAAGCCUCUGAAGCAGCUAUUCAUUGUACGGGGGAGGCCAAAAAUCCGGGUCCAUGGCCGCAAACAGCCGUUUCGCUAUGAUAUCAUUGGGGUCAGGUUGAACAGACACCCCUACGCAAGCAUACACUCAACCUCAAGAAUACGGGAUCCGUACCACGAGGGACACUUUGGAGGCAUUACUGCGUUGGCUGCCAGUGCCGAUGGGGCAUAUGUGGCUUCAACAGGGUUGGAUUGCCUAGUCAAUGUGCGCAACGGGAGAACGGGAAAAUCUCUCUUCAGCAUCAUUCUGGAUAAUGUAGCGUUAUCAAUGCGGAUUUUUGGCCACGUACUUACUAUCUGUAUGCAAAGUACUCUUAAGGUCUUCAACUUGGACGAUCAUUGUGAGAUGUUCACCUUACGGGGACACGAAGAUCAAAUCACGGGGUGUGCAGACAUGGGAGCAGAGCACAAUGCAGUUAUUACUUGUUCUGUUGAUAAGUCAGUGCGUUUCUUCGACUAUAACAAGCAGACGCAACUGAUCUUUACGUCAGGUGUCUCACUCGAGUGUGUGUGUUGGAUUAGAACUGAUGUUUUCAUUGCAGGAUGUGCCCUUGGGCUACUAGUGCACACUUUAGAGAAGCGUAAGCCAGUCAUGCAAGUGCACCCCCACGACUGCUUGCGGUUCCUUGAGAGUGAUUCAGCAAGGCAUACAUUUAUACCAUCCACAGACUACUGUAGAAGAUUGGUGACCGCCCUGGAUUGCAUUCCGAAUGGCGAUAUUAUUAUCUCCGGCUGUCACGGUCUUGUUUCGUUAUGGAGGUGUGUCGACUCCAAUUUAGAGAAGGUGGCAGAUUACGCAGUUGAUGGGUUCGUCAAUAAUUUGAAACUAGUAGUCCAACAUAUGAAGCUCUACAUCUUCGUAGCACUGGGGAAAACACCUGGAAGAGGUCGCUGGGACAGGGAUCCGACCGGAUACAAUGGUAUGCUCUUGCUGGAUCUAAAAUGUCCUGUUCCGAUGGAGUCAUCCAAGGGGUCGUCGCGCUUUAAAACACGAGUAUUGAUGUAG